AUCCUGUUUGGACCGAGGGCAUAUUUAGAGGGUGGCCUCGGCGGCUAGCCAGACCGUGCUCAGCCGUGCCGCGAUGAAGACGUGCCGAGUCGUGCUGUUCGCCGUGCUGGCGGCUGUGGCCGUGGUGCCGGCCACCACCCAGGAGUUGGUCUCCUCCCUCUGUCUCGGCUGCAUCUGCGAGGCCUCCAGCGCGUGCAACACGCAGCUCGGCUGCGAGAACGGCUUCUGCGGGCCCUUCCGCAUCUCGAACGCGUUCUUCAUCGACUCGGAGCUCUCCAAGGAGCCCAACUUUGCCCAGUACAACUUCCAGUCGUGCACGACCGACCCCUUCUGCUCGGCGGCUGUCAUCCGCAAGUACAUGGCCAAGUACCCGCGGGAUUGCGAUGGGGAUGGCCAGUUUACUUGCAAGGACUACGCCAUGGUGCACAAGGCCGGUCCUGACGGAUGUACCAACACUCAGCGAGUGAGGGUGACUGACUACUGGCGCCGCUUCGAGUCUUGCCUCUCCUACUUUCCCAACGCUUAGGAGCGAUGAGUGAUCCUUGCAGGACACCCAGAGGUUCAUCAUGCUUGAAACACUUGGUGAGACACUUUGUGGGACUUUCUUCAGGACGCUGCAGCAAGGAAUUUAAUGGAGAGAUGUUGGAAAAAUACUGGACGGAGCCUGGUGUCUGGGAGGAGUUGGAGAAAGUCGUGACAGAACUUUCGAAGGAAAUAGAAAGCUUGGCAGGGGGCACCACGAAGAGGUUGGACCGCUGAACAAUACGACGCCAUGACUAUACCAAGAUUGACAUCACUACUGUUGAGUUCAAGCAGCCGUGGAUCGAAAAGGGCAAGGUCUCCCCCUGCGUCGUCUUGGGCUUUUAACUCGGCUGUUUUGGCCUUCAAUGGAGGCUCGAGUUGCGCUGUUAGGCCACUCUUUUCUAUGGGGCUAGAGCACCUGAUGUGGCCUGUGUUGUUUGCAUGACUUGCGCCGCUCUUCGACAGGGCAGCUCAGUCGAUGUUGCAUACUCAUGUUGUUUCCGUGUGUGCAGAGGUGUUGUUAUAGCCAUGGAUAUAAUAAACGUGAUACGACAAUAAAACAGAAAUGAAAUAAA